AUGGAGAUUGGACGGCCGGCGUUGAUAUGGAUAGUAGCAAUCUUUUCUUUUAUUGUUCUCAUGAUCGUUACUCCCAAAAUUCCACAGUCCGAAGCGUACCAUAAUUUCGCUGAUCAACGUAUUUUCUUUGGUAUACCCAACAUGCUCAACGUUGUAUCCAAUUUCCCCUUUUUGGUUGUUGGUAUAGUUGGGCUUGUGCUUUGUUAUUGGCAGAACUAUUUCAGGCUGAGGUACAAAGGGCAAAUAGGUUGGACUUGUUUCUUUGUCGGUGUUGCAGCUGUUGCUUUCGGAUCGUCUUACUAUCAUCUUGAACCAAAUGAUGCUCGUCUGGUCUGGGACCGAUUGCCUAUGACUGUUGCAUUCACCUCCAUUGUUGCCAUCUUCAUCAUUGAGCGAGUGGAUGAGAGAGCAGGAACUCUAUCACUUUUCCCCCUUCUGUUGACUGGCAUCAUCAGCAUUUAUUAUUGGCAGUUCUUUGAUGAUCUGCGCCCCUAUGCAGUAGUUCAGUUUGUUCCUUGCAUUGCCAUCCCCCUCAUGACCAUCUUGUUGCCUCCGAUGUAUACCCAUUCCACGUAUUGGUUAUGGGCUGCAGCAUUUUACCUUUUAGCUAAGGUUGCUGAAGCAGCUGAUAGACCUAUAUAUAACUGGACUCAUCAAACUGUUAGUGGGCACACCCUGAAGCAUUUGUUUGCAGCAAUGGUCCCAGUGUUUCUGACGCUAAUGCUUGUAAAGAGGGUUAUCGAAAUAGAGAGACGGACUAUGUUUGAGAAAUGGCGCAUCACUUGGACUAAGUUUAGAGAAAAUGGUACAAAGGCUGACAGUUACUCGUACAGUUACACUAGUGUUUCUAAUGAGGAAUAG